CAAGUUCACAGCAAAAGGCACAAGGCAAAAGGCAAAUAAUGCUAAUAUUUCUCAAAAAUAAUUAUUAAAAAAAAAAACAGUCAAAAAGUGCACACUAUACUAUCCAUAUAUCAUUAGGAGCUGCAUCUGAUCUCUUUCUGCUAAGAUAAAGAAAUGGCAGCUUCAUCACUCUCACUGCCCGUGGCUUCAUCUGCCUUACAAAAAAGAAUAAAUAGGGCAACACCAAAACCUUGUUCAUUGGCUCCCCACAACAUCAUAGUAUCAUCCUUAAAGGACAACACCUCUCCUGAUGAAUCCAGGAAUUGUAAGAGAAGGCCACUGUUAUUGGGACUAGGAGCAUUAUCUUCAUUAAGUUUGCUCCCUGCAAAUCCCCUCUUGGCUGAAGUGCCAGAGAGGUUUUCAUCUUUUGUUGACAAAGAAGAUGGUUAUGCCUAUUACUAUCCUUCAGAUUGGACAGACUUUGAUUUUAGAGGGCAUGAUUCUGCAUUUAAGGACAGACAUUUACAGUUGCAAAAUGUUAGGGUGAGUUUUAUACCAACUGAGCAGGCAGACAUCCAUGAUUUGGGUCCAAUGCAAGAGACAGUGUACAGGCUAGUUAACCAUGUUUAUGCAGCUCCAAGUCAACUAGCAACCAUAAUGGAUGUUCAGGAAAAAACUAUAGAAGGCAAAAACUACUGCACCUUUGAAUAUGUACUCACUUCUGUAAACUUUUCAAGAGCUGCAUUUGCAACCAUAGCUGUUGGAAAUGGGAGAUUCUACACCUUGGUAGUUGGAGCAAAUGAAAGGAGAUGGAGAAGGAUUAGAAACAAGCUUAAAGUUGUUGCAGACUCUUUCAAGUUGCUAGACAUAUAAACUUCUCAUUGUAAUGGAUUCUCUUAGCAAUUUUCUGGCAGAGAACAACCUGUAUAUAUGUAUUAUAACUCCCAACAUUCAAUAUAUGUAACUGAGAUGAAUAACAGGGGUGGCAGGAAUGAACAGCAUUUAAUGCAGGAAACCUGUACAUAUGUA